CCCCCCGGUCCCCCCUCUUCUUCCCCCCGUGUGUAACUAUGUCUGGAGGACUGCUGCAGUCCCCAGAGCCGCUUCCCCCAAUCAUGUACCAGCCCCUCAUCCAGCGCCGGAAAAAAGUCCCCGUAGAGUUGCACGUCAACAGUCACACCAACAGUGACGAGGAGCCCGACAACAACGACAAUAACAAUGCUGCUGUUUCCAACAAUGGCCACAAUGCGGUUGACCUCAUAUCGCCGCUGUCCAGGGGAAUAGGCGCACAAGCCCCGGGCCCUUCAGCCGCUCAGGGAGAAAUCGUGUCAGUGGCAGCUGAUGUUGUUGUUGUCCACCCCGCCGCGGACGCGGACGCCACCACCACCGUUCCUCCUCCUCCCCCUCCUCCUGCUGCUUCUGCUGGACGAACCCCCAAGUCAUACGGAGGUCUCAACACCCUUGGAGCCCCCAUGGAAACCGUUCUUACGACGCAUCCGUCACACCUGUCGCUGGUUGUGUCGCCAAACUUUGACUACAUCACCAAGCUCCCCACGCCCAUUGUCGGCCCCCCAGGCGGUGGACGCGACUCAUUCCCUGUGUUUCAGGCCUCACCCCCACGUCACGGCGAAUUGCACGACUUGGGACGUCUGCCCCCGGACAAGAGAACAGCCCAGGCCCAGGCCCACCCUUUCCAACCAUCCAUCCCAAGGUCUCGUAUCAUUUCUGAGUACCGGCCCAAUCUUGUGGCAGAUCGAUCAUAUAAACUCCAACAGAUCACCAAUCAACAAUUACCCAGUAGUCUCCAACCACCUGUAGCCAAACGGUUUGUUUCUAAUCCUACUGAGCGUGGUAGUGUGAUUGAUGAAGGGUGUGAGAGUGAGAGAGAGAGAGAGAACGAGAACGAGAACCAGAACCAGAACCAGAACCAGAACCUUCGUCCGCGCGAGAACAUUCGCACUCUAAACAACUCCAUCUCACUCUCAAACCCUAUGAAUAUCCCUAUGGAUAUUGACAAUGAAGGGACUUUCCCCCACCAAUCAGACUCAAAUUUAGACACUUUUUGUGGCACGAGAUCGUCAGUAAUUUAUCAUAAAAUCAAACAAAUUGGUGCUGGAUCAUUUUCCAAAGUGGUUUUAGCCGAGGAUUCUUCUGGAAACCAAGUGGCAGUCAAGAUCAUAUCUGUACCACAUUCUUCAAAAGAAGAACUUUGUAAUUUUAAAUCUUAUAUCGAACGAGAAUUGGCCAUUUUAAGUCAAUUAAAUCAUCCAUGUAUUACAAAAUUAUUGGAUUUUAGAGUGACUGUGGCUGAUUCUAGGUAUAAUUUAGAGAAAGGAGUGGGAAAUUUAGAGAAAGGAGUGGGAAAUUCCGAUCAAAUCACUCAAAAUCUCAUAGAAAGAGAUCUUUUUCAACCCCAUUGUAACAUUUCCGAUGAAGAAUUCUCCAAACUUAAGGAAAGUCCCAAUCAACUCAUGUUCCUAAGAUACUCUCCAGGAGGGAAUCUAUUUGAAUUCUCCCUGAAUCAAUAUCAAUCGCAUCACCUCACGUUAUCCUUUUGGAAAUAUGUCCAAAGGAUGGUGGCAGAACUCGUAAUUUCAGUAGGAUAUCUCCAUAUAAACCACAUCAUUCAUCGAGAUAUCAAAUUGGAGAACAUUCUUUUGAAUGUAGAGCCAGAAAGACUUUUCGAGACCCGUGACAAUAACAUCCUUGGAGAAGGAUUAGAAGAUCCUACCUUGUCAUCUUCUUCAAAUCCCGAAUCUUCCACUUCAUCUUCCACUUCAUCUUCCACUUCAUCUUCCACCUCAUCUUCCACUUCAUCUUCUUGUAGUCUUAUCAGUUUGACCGAUUUCGGUCUACUGAAGGUGGUACAAGACCUAGAUGAAGAACUCUCCACCAGAUGUGGAUCUGAAGAUUAUAUCUCCCCUGAGCUUUUAAUGGGGCUCAAAUAUAAUGGCCAGCUCACAGACGCAUGGUCUGUUGGUGUGGUGAUCUAUUCAUUGGUGGAAAAUCGACUCCCGUUCGAUUUACCCCUGAUUGAACUCAUGACCUCUGCUGCUGCCGCUGCUGCUGGUGCUGCUGGUAGUGGGGGUGCCUACAACCAAGGACCGGGGAUCUCGCCAUCUGUGCUCAAAAGACAACGUAGUCGCAACAAGACACCCCAUCGGAUUGCCAUGAUCGAUUGGGGGUGGUUCAAGGCAACUGAACUCCAUGUCUCCACGGCAUUGGACCCAGAGAGUAAACAAAUAAUUGAGAAAUUGCAACGACUCACAGAGGCACUCUUGGUCCGCAAACAAAAGAGAUUGAAGAUCUUGGAGGUGUUGCAAGACGACAAAUACAAAUGGAUCAAGGAAUGUGUUCCAGAACUGCUUUUACGGUAACAAGUGGAGGGACCAUGGGUGGCGACCUAAACCCCGCCCGGACAACAAUAAUAUAGAGAUACUACAUAAUAAUAGAACGUGUACAAUAGAGCUCGAGUUACAGUAG